UAUAAGUGUGUAUCUAAACGGGAAAAAUUGUAGCAGCCGCUGAACGAAAGCGCAAAAUGCAUUUGCGUUUUGUAAAGCUAAUUUGCUUUGUAGUGAUUAGCACAUUGUGCUUUCAGUUUGUUUGCCCGGCCAAUGUCUGCCAUUGCAUACGGAUCAAGGAUUGUGCGCCCUUUGUCCGGCUUUUGCUCAACCACAAGCCCGAAGAGCGCGCCUCUGUAUUUUCUAUGGUCCACUCAGCUGGCUGUGGCUUUCAGGGCCUCGAUCCUCUUGCCUGCUGUCCCCAUCAUCAGGCGGCAUCUUCUCACAUCGGUCGCAGUUUACGCUAUGCUCCAAGCGAACGCUGGAUCUGGGGCCCUUCAAGUAGCUCAAAGCGCAAUCCAAGAGUCAACGUCAACCUCAAUCGCCUUUUGGCACAUGAGACUGAAAUGCGGUUGCUCGAUUAUCGAGAUUUUGCGGCUCAACGCAAUUGUCCCCAACCACUUGAAGAGGACUAUGAUGAUCAUCCUCAUAAUUUUGGCAGCGGACAUCACUUUCACUUUCACAUUGAUCACGAUAUGGGGACGGCGAAGAAAGAGUUGCGUCCAAUACCCGCUGAUAGGCCGAUUGUCUUUCCCGGUGACCUGCGUUUCCAGCAUGCAACGGGCUUGAAGGAUCAGGUCGAACUCUUUGCCGAUGCAAGUGAGGAGCAAGUUGUACAUGACAACACGCCCACAACCACGCCCAACCCUGUGACACCAGCGACAGGUGUGAGGCUUAACUCAGCCGACUGUGGAGUCAGUCUGAACACACGCCUAUUGGGCGGCGACAAGGUGGAGCCAGGCCAAUAUCCGUGGUUCGUCCGAAUCGCCUAUCGCAAUCGCACCAACAAUCACAUCAGCUAUCGCUGCUCUGGCUCUCUCAUUGCCAACAAUUACGUUCUUACCGCCGCCCAUUGUGUUGUUAACCUAGUGAGUGAUCUGGAAGUAUUUCAGGUGCGUAUAGGCGACGACAUCUCCAGCCCGCAGGAUUGCGCCCCGAAUACUGCGAACUGUUCUAAACCGAAUAUAUUCAACAUUAUACGCGUGCUGGUGCAUCCCAACUACGACCAGCCGAAGUACGCGAACGAUAUAGCACUGCUCGGGCUCAGCAACAGUAUAAGUAAAUUCACACCAAUAUGUUUACCUUUGAAUAGCACGGCAGCGCUUGCGGAUAAAAUUAUUGGGCAAAUGGGUGUUGUGGCCGGGUGGAGCACAAAAGCGGAGACUAACAGUUCAAACAGUUCCGGUAGCUCGCCUACGGUGCGAUUUAUCCGGUUGCCCAUUGUGAACACGACCAGCUGUGCGAUUACCUAUGCGACGCUUAGCGAGAACUUCCAGCAGCCGAUUGUCAUUACGCCGAACCACCUGUGCGCCCAGGGCCAGCCCAUGAAGGAUGUGUGUCGCGGCGACAGUGGGGGUCCCUUCAUGGACGACGGCACCUCCGGCAUCCUCAAUGCCAACGGACGUUACACGCUGCUCGGAAUUGUGGCCUUUGGGCCAACCCUUUGCGGCGUGACAACAAUUCCAGGCGUUUACACGGCUGUCAGCUCCUAUAUAAACUGGAUUUUCGACAGCAUCAAUAUGCUAAAUACAUGAACGGAAGAUUUGCGAGAGACAUGACUUUCUCCAAAGUUCUUUCAACGCCAAAGCCGAAACUCUGCGCACACACACGUAGAGUUCACC